GUAACUCGACCAACACGACCUUAAGUUCAAGUCAAGAGAUUUAUGUUUCAUGUCUUGGCAGCGACGGUUUUAUUUACAUCACCAUUGGUUCCGUUAGCGCAUGCGUGUGGGUGUCAACAAUUAUGACAGAUUAUAUCACUGCCAGAAGUAGCUGUCGAGCCAAAGAUGCUUAUCUUUACACGGUUAAAACGAUGGAGAAGCUUACAUGGCUACAGACCAAUUACUAUAAAAAGAUAUUAUGGAUCGGGUUAAAUGACAUUGAAGAAGAAGGAACAUACAGGUGGGAAGACGACAAUUCAAUCUGCAGUGGGAGUUGGAUUAAUGAGACUUUUGUUUCAGGUCAACCAAGCAAUGGCAAGUUGUACACUCCGGACGGAGAGGACUGUAUCUCCUUUUUCUACGAGGUUCCACUGCUGAAUGAUGCAUACUGUUUUCAGAAUUACUCCUACAUCUGUGAAAAACCCUUUUUUAACUUCCCGUAAACUAAACCCACAAGAGUUUACCCACUGUCAGAGUUUCCAAUUUUCUAAUACCACAUACAGGGUUAUGAAACAGUGGCCGAUUAGAUAAAAUGUCUGACAAUGAAGUUGUAAGAAAGUGGUUGUGACCAUUACCGAUCUUAUAUGUAUAUUACUAUGUAAAAUUAUGUUGUUUUUUUUCAAAAU